AUGCAGUCGUCUCAUAUCUCAGUGCAGAGCCUUUGGCCUUCAUGGGUUGUUGUAAGGAUUACCGCCAUUGCCUCUCUUGGUGGCGUCUUGUUCGGUUAUGAUAGUGGGUGCAUUUCAGGUGCUCUUCCGCAGAUACAGGAAUCACUAGCUUUGGACAGUGGGCGUUCGGAAUUGAUUGUGUCUACCCUCUACUUUGGGGCGGUUUUUGGUGCUGUGGUUGGCAGCAGCAUUUGUGAUUUGUUUGGGAGACGAACGACAAUCUUGUUGACUGAUGUUGUCUUCAUCAUUGGUGCUGUCUGUCUAUUUCUCUCAACCAACUAUGCAGACAUAAUUUUGGGAAGAUUUAUCGUUGGUAUAGCUGUUGCUAUUUCUGGUAUCGCUGAUGUGAGUUAUUUGCACGAGAUUUCGCCAAUCGAAAUCAGAGGAGCUAUUGUCAGCGUAAAUGAAGCUUCAAUUAGUCUCGGUUUUCUUUUAGCAUACGUAUCAGGCUUUAUCUACAGGAGUGCUGCAGACGAAGAAUAUAGGAUGAUAUUUGGGUGGGCUGGUGCGGUAGCCAUGAUACAAUUUUUCGGCAUGAUAAAUUUGCCAGAAAGCCCUGUAUGGCUCGACAGCCAAGGGCGGAAACAGGAAAGCCAGGCUGCUCAAAGUAUGAUAAGCGGAAUCCCUUCCACAGCGACUAUCGACCCAAUUGGCCAGCCCCAUAUAAGAGACAGCAUUGGGUCGUCUUGCGAUCAAGGGAGAGUAAAAAAUUCGGACGGUAUGGAAUACCAUGAAGCAAACGAUGCUUUUACCCAGCCCUUUCUCAACCGAAGGCAAUCGGCCACACAACUUUUCAAGACUUAUCGAAGGCAAAUGAUUAUUUCUCUGUUCCUAUCUACCACACAACAGUUCUGUGGACAAGCAAGUGUCAUCAACUAUGCUCCCUAUAUUUUCGCCUUGAGCCACAAUGAAAAUAGAUCAGUGCACCUGCAAACAUUGUCCAUUGGUCUUGUGAAAUUCGCUGUUACGGUCAUCGUUGUUCUGCGAAUCGAGAAAUUUGGACGACGGGCACUGCUUCUUGGAGGAAUGUUCCUCAUAUCCAUCGGGCAGUUUUUUUUGGCUCUUGCGUUCAGUGGAUUGGAUGGAAACUCAGACUUUUCGAUCAACGGUGUGAUUCCCCAUUUGGCGCUACCUGGCGCAUUGCUUGUCGUUUGCGGUUAUUCCAUGUCUUUUGGACCACUCGGCUGGCUGCUAACCUCAGAACUAUUUCCAACUGAAUUUCGCGCGAGAGCACUCGGAAUGAGCACCAUCGUCACAUAUCUUUGUGCGUCGAUGGUAACGAAUACAUUUUUGACAUUCCUUUCUGAAAUCGGAGCGUCAGCUACGUUUGCGACUUACGGUAUUUUCAACACUUUGGGAAUGGUCUUCGCAUUCUUGGCUAUUCCUGAAACAGAUGGGAAAAGGGUAGAACAGAUUGAAGUGUCCAUGCAAGAAAUGUGGUGGUGGAAAGUCGGUGACCAUCACUCGCAAUUCGAGAACGACUAUAGGUCAAUGUCCACUGAAACGCCCCGCCCUGAAAUGACUAGAUGA